AAUAUUAUUACGGAUGAUAUUGAUGAACAGAAAUCAGUAAGCGACGAUCGGUGAAGUAGUUCAUAAGAAGAAGAGUACGAGAGAAAACCGGCAGCCAUGGCCGGGAACAUGGGGAUGGAACAAUUGAUCCCAAUUGUAAAUAAGCUGCAAGAUGCAUUUACACAAUUGGGUGUUCAUAUGCAGUUGGACCUGCCUCAAAUUGCAGUCGUAGGUGGUCAAUCAGCAGGGAAGAGUUCCGUUCUAGAAAAUUUCGUCGGCAGAGAUUUCCUUCCAAGAGGAUCGGGAAUUGUGACUCGACGCCCACUUAUUCUGCAACUCAUCAAUGGCCAAGCAGAGUAUGCCGAGUUCCUGCACUGCAAGGGGAAAAAGUUUGUCGACUUCAACGAAGUGCGGCAGGAAAUUGAAGCGGAGACGGACCGCAUCACGGGAUCGAACAAGGGCAUCUCUCCCGUGCCCAUCAAUCUGCGAGUCUACUCACCCAAUGUGCUCAACCUGACGUUGAUCGACUUGCCGGGUCUGACGAAGGUGCCGAUCGGUGACCAGCCGGUGGACAUCGAGCAGCAGAUCAAAGCGAUGAUCUUCCAGUUCAUCCGACGCGAGUCCUGCCUCAUCCUGGCCGUCACGCCCGCCAACACCGACUUGGCCAACAGCGAUGCUCUCAAGCUCGCCAAGGAGGUGGACCCGCAAGGUCUCCGCACGAUCGGCGUGAUCACCAAGCUGGACCUGAUGGACGAGGGCACAGACGCGCGCGAUGUGCUGGAGAACAAGCUGCUGCCGCUGCGGCGCGGCUACAUCGGCGUCGUCAACCGCUCGCAGAAGGACAUCGAGGGCCGCAAGGACAUCUCCGCUGCACUCGCCGCAGAGAGGAAGUUCUUCCUCAGCCACCCCUCGUACCGUCACAUCGCUGACCGGCUGGGCACCCCGUACCUCCAGCGCGUGCUGAACCAGCAGCUCACCAACCACAUCCGCGACACGCUGCCCGGCCUCCGCGACAAGCUGCAGAAGCAGCUGCUCACCCUGGAGAAGGAUGUCGACCAGUACAAGCACUUCCGCCCCGAUGACCCGUCUAUCAAGACCAAGGCUAUGUUACAGAUGAUCCAAACACUCCAAACGGACUUCGAGAGGACCAUCGAGGGUUCAGGAUCGGCGCAGAUCAACACGAACGAGCUAUCCGGCGGUGCCAAGAUCAACCGGCUGUUCCACGAGCGAUUCCCUUUCGAGAUCGUCAAGAUGGAGUUUGAUGAGAAGGAGCUGCGUAGGGAGAUCGCGUUCGCCAUUCGAAAUAUUCACGGUAUUAGGGUCGGUCUAUUCACACCGGACAUGGCGUUCGAGGCUAUAGUAAAGAAACAAAUCGCCAGACUAAAAGAGCCAUGCCUGAAGUGCGUGGAUUUGGUCGUGCAGGAACUGUCUAAUGUAGUGCGCGUUUGCACUGAGAGGAUGUCGCGAUACCCUCGACUCCGCGAGGAGACGGAGCGCAUUAUCAUGUCGCACGUGCGGUCGCGCGAGCAGCAGUGCAAGGAUCAGCUAGUACUGCUCAUUGACUGCGAGCUCGCAUACAUGAACACCAACCACGAGGACUUCAUCGGAUUCGCCAAUGCACAGAACCAGUCUGAAAACGCAACCAAAACGAGAUCGGCUCUAGGAAACCAAGUCAUAAGAAAAGGUUUCAUGUGCAUACACAAUCUGGGCAUCAUGAAAGGUGGUUCCCGCGACUACUGGUUCGUACUGACAUCAGAGAGCAUCUCGUGGUUCAAGGACGAGGAGGAGCGCGAGAAGAAGUACAUGCUGCCGCUGGACGGGCUGAAGCUGCGAGACCUCGAGCAAGGGUUCAUGUCGCGCCGACACAUGUUCGCGCUCUUCAACCCUGAGGGCCGCAACGUGUACAAGGACUACAAACAACUGGAGUUGUCCUGCGAGAACCAGGACGACGUUGACUCCUGGAAGGCGUCCUUCCUCCGAGCCGGCGUCUACCCCGAGAAGACCUCCGAAGCCUCCAAUGGCGACGAGGGCGAAGGACACGAGAGCUCCGACAACUCCGCCACUAGCAGCAUGGACCCGCAACUCGAGCGCCAAGUCGAGACCAUCCGCAACUUGGUCGACUCCUACAUGCGCAUAGUGACCAAGACCACGCGAGACCUCGUGCCCAAGACCAUCAUGAUGUUGAUUAUAAACAACGCCAAAGACUUUAUCAACGGAGAGCUCUUAGCACACCUGUACGCGUCUGGCGAUCAGUCACAAAUGAUGGAGGAGUCGCCCGAGGAAGCUCAGAAGCGCGAGGAGAUGUUGCGCAUGUACCACGCGUGCAAGGAGGCGCUGCACAUCAUCGGCGACGUGUCCAUGGCGACGGUGAGCACGCCCGUCCCGCCGCCUGUCAAGAACGACUGGCUCGAGAGCCGCCUCGACUCCAACCCGCGCCUGUCGCCGCCCUCGCCCGGCGGACCGCGACGCGCCGCGCCCGCGCAACAAGCCUCGUUAGGUCAGCGGGGCGCGCCCCCGGUGCCGGGCGGCGGUGCGGGCCGGCCCGCGCCCCCGCUGCCCUCACGCCCCGGCGGCGCCGCGCCCCCGCCCCCCGCCGGCCGACCCAACCCCGCGCAGGGCUUGCCCGCCCCCCUCAUACCCACGAGACCGGGAGGCGGCAGCGCAGCGGCGGCGGCCAUGAACCAGCUGCCCCCGCACAUGCGGCAACAGAUCAACCAGGCCGUCGGCCAGGCCGUCACCAACGCCGCCAUGAACGAGCUCAGCUCGGCCUUCGCCAGAUUCAAGUAAACAGACACCGACGCGGCGUUACCUCUUGUGAUUGUUGCGUACCGUACGCAAGCGUGCACGCAGUGCGUACGAAUUUGCGUGCGAAGAGUUUUUGGCGAAUUAACAAUUUUAUAAAACUCUUUGUCAAAGCUCUAGUUUGGCCGUAACAGUCACAAGGGACACGCCGCGGCCACAAGGACCAGUGACGAGUGACGUUGGCUUUUGUAACUGUCGAUAAAAUGAAUGUUGCUGCAACGUGUUCGUAACACCUAACGGCGCGGCUUUUAUCUGUGUAAAUAAAACAUGUUCAAUGGGAUUGUAAUCCGUAACAGUUUAUUGGUCAUUAAGUUAAGCGAUCUCUGCUUUAAAAUUAAUGUUUUUAUUUCGAUAUAACGCUUUGAAAGUUAUCUAAUGACUAAUCGGUUUAACAUAUUUUUUGUGAGAUUGUUUCUCGUGUGACUAGAGAACGCCGACUAUUAAUUCUAUAAAACGAAUGUGCUUAUUUAAUUAAUUCUAAAAAUAAUCCUUUUUCUGUGACACCGUAAUGUUGUCGUUUGUUUAAUUUGCUAACAUUAUAAAACUAACUGUAAUCCUCCAGGAUGUUAUAUCUGAACUGAUUAGAAGAAUGAAUUAUCAUAAUCGAUAGGUUUAGGAUUCGAAUAAGUUAUGUAUACCUUUAUAAUUUAAAGUUAUUAGUAGUUAUUUUAGCGCUAAGUCAUUAGUAAUUUUCGACGCGGCUCGCCUAAGUUGAGUAUUUAUUGCGAGUGUUACCAUGUACGAAUUAAUUAAAAUAUAAGUUCGCUUAGCAUUUAUUUGUUUUGUAAUUUUGAGCCUACACGAAGACCACACGGCAUAGCAGUGCUGCUACGACCAUCUCUAUUUUUCUGUCAAAGAUAUUAUUAGUUUGAAAUCGGUAUAGAGAUGAUAUUUUGUAAAUGUCAGUAUUAUCAGCGAAUUAUACUUAUGCGGCGCUUUAAGAUGUAAAGUUUAAUCCAGUGGAGGGUCGUGGUUUAUUGUUAUAAUAUGGGACUACUUAGUUUAAGUUGUUAAGAUUCAAUGGCUUAAGAUGAGGCGUGUGGGACUCGGCUUCGCUGUUUAGGUUUCCGAUGCAGCCGAUAGCGCACAAGUGACCUAAAACUGAAUGACUGUAAAAUAUCAAAACACAAGGAGGUCUUACCGUGAGUUUUCACAUUCGAGAGCAAGGCUUUUCUACGAACUUGUCCGGGCGUAUAUUGUCAUCUGAUGCUAUCAAUACUCAAAUCGACCUGUGAAAUAUUUUACCGAGAAUAAUCAGGUCCCGAUUACGCCACUUACGCGCUGUGGGUCUCAUAUCUGUUUGGAACUGACAAAGGAGUUAGCUAUUCGUUGCAUAUUGCAGUAUGCAUUUGGUGCAGGCUCACGAGUCGCCUUUUCACGGUGCCGCGAUUGGAUUUUAGCGACAGAUUGUAAUCAGCAUAUCAUGGAUAUUGGUUUAUAAGUGUUCUAGGAUUAUAUACACUAAAGUUUCGAGUAUAUUUGUUGAUGUUGCACUCGAGUCUGCUGUGCGUACGCGCACGCGAGCUGCGUACACUAGUCGCGUACGCGGUGCGUGUGCGUACGCAUCGGGACCAGUUUUCUUAGCUACGUAGCAGAUGAAACAAAUUUUCAUGUCAAUGUCUAGGUGUUUCGGUAGCUUAGGGACCCUACGUCGUCCCGAAACUUUUCUCCGUCUUGUAGUGACGUAUAAAUAAGGUAAUAUUGAAAUAUAUUCGGGCUUCACCGCUCCGCGACCGCGCUGUAUCGGGUCGCUAGCCAAAAUGUUCACAGUUUGUAUCGUAUUCGUAAACACGAGUAAGACCAAAGCCAAUGUCUUAUAUUGUUGCUGUUAGCAAUAUCUUUGGUCAAUUAUUAGAUUUCAAAGUGGUGAUGAAAUAUAAAUCGUUGAAUUUUAAUCUUUUAAACGUUCAUGUAGUUGCUAUGCUUAUAGCUAUUACAUUCGUUCACUAGUUUCAUGUUCGACCGGCUUCGUAAACGGGACGGAAUGUUGUUAUAUGGCCACAGACUGAAAAUCGUAAAACUCAACAAAAUUAGAACUACUGUCGCAUGAGAAAUUCGAUUUUGAAUAUUCCUUGACUUUAAGUUUAAAACGGUGGCCAGUAAUAAACAAUAGUCUAAUUUGCUUGUCGUACAUAUUAUAUCGAGAAAUAAUUUAGGUCCUAUGCUUUGAAAAAUAAAAUAAAUUAUUUUUGAGAUAUAAAAAAAAAAACAACAGUAUCUAAACAUUUCAGUGCAACAUUACGUCCAUCUAAGAUUCAGGAUCACUGCUCUCAUUAAAAAAAAUCUAUAUCAUACAAAAAAUUAUAUCAGGCGUUUUAUAAAAAUAUACUGCGCCCUAUGUUCGCGAACAAGGAUACGUCACAUGUUGUGUUGCCACAUCCUCUGAGUAUUAAUUUUUAUAUUUUACAAUUUAUUCUAAAGAUGCUUAUGACAUGGUGGUAUUCCCAUUUAUUAUCAUGGUAACACUGACGUACCCUUGUCUGGGAUCGCUUUUAGACCGUGAUGUCAACUAGGAGGUAUUUUGAACAAUAGGCGUCGUUAUACAGUUCCUACACAGUCGCCGUAGCUAGCUCAUCUCGAUAUCAUAAGUUUUGCUCUCUUGUUAAUAGCGAUAGUACCAUCGACAAAAGGUAUAGAACAGAUUGUUGGAUUUGAUAUAGUUUAUGAAUAUUGUUAAUCUUAUUCUGUAUAAAUAGAUUAAUUAAAAGCUAUAUGUGUA